AUGGACACACAAGCAGGAAUAUCUCAGAAGGACAUCUAAUGUUAUCCCCGGAUUGUGACAUAAAAGAUAAUGACAGUAGACAGGAUUCUCCAGGAGAUAACCCCAUUACCCCAAUUAUACAUCCAGCUCUAUCAGCUGAUCCCUCUGAUCCUGGGAAAUGUUCUCCUGAUCACUCUGAUCUUGGUGCAUCUGUUACAGCUCUGACAGAAGAUACAGUGUUUCCGUGUUCUAUAGAUGCCAAUUAUUUUACACAGAACACAAAACCUAUUAACCCACAGACAAGUAAGGCAGGUGAGAGGCCAUUUCCAUGUUCUGAUUGUGGGAAAUGUUUUAAAUACAAAUCGUUUCUUCAUAGACAUCAGAGAAGUCACACAGGUGAGAGGCCAUUUCCAUGUUCUGAGUGUGGGAAAUGUUUUGCACAGAAAUCAGAUCUUGUUAGACAUCAGCAAAGUCACACAGGUGAGAAGCCAUUUUCAUGUUAUGAGUGUGGGAAAUGUUUUGCACAGAAAUCACUUCUUGUUAUACAUCAGAAAAGUCACACAGGUGAAAAUCCAUUUUCUUGCUAUGAGUGCAGGAAAUGUUUUACCCGGAAAUCACAACUUGCUACACACCAAAGAAGUCACACAGGCGAGAAGCCAUUUCCAUGUUCUGAGUGUGGGAAAUGUUUUGCGCAUAAAUCAGAUUUUGUUAAACAUUACAGAAGUCACACAGGUGAGAAGCCAUUUCCAUGUGCUGAGUGUGGGAAAUGUUUUGCACGGAAAUCAGAUCUUGUUGAACAUCAGAGAAGUCACACAGGUGAGAAGCCGUUUUCUUGCUCUGAGUGCGGGAAAUAUUUUUCCCGGAAAUCACAACUUGCUACACACCAAAGAAGUCACACAGAUGAGAAGCCAUUUCCAUGUUCUGAGUGUGGGAAAUGUUUUGCGCAGAAAUCAGAUCUUGUUAAACAUUACAGAAGUCACACAGGUGAGAAGCCAUUUCCAUGUUCUGAGUGUGGGAAAUGUUUUGCACUCAAAUCAGAUCUUCUUAGACAUCAGAGAUAUAACACAGGUGAGAAGCCAUUUUCUUGCUCUGAGUGUGGGAAAUGUUUUUCCCUGAAAUCACAUCUUCUUACACAUCAGCAAAGUCACACAGGUGAGAAGCCAUUUCCAUGUUCUGAGUGUGAGAAAUGUUUUGCAUACAAAUCAGAUCUUGUUACACAUCAGCAAAGUCACACAGGUGAGAAGCCAUUUCCAUGUUCUGAGUGUGAGAAAUGUUUUGCAAACACAUCAAAUCUUCUUAGACAUCAAAGAAGUCACACAGGUGAGAAGCCAUUUUUAUGUUCUGAGUGUGGGAAAUGUUUUGCACACAAAUCAGAUGUUCUUCGACAUCAGAGAAGUCACACAGGUGAGAAGCCAUUUUCUUGCUGUGAGUGUGGGAAAUGUUUUACACAGAAAUCAGAUGUUCCUAGACAUCAGAGAAGUCACACAGGUGAGAAGCCAUUUUCUUGCUCUGAGUGUGGGAAAUGUUUUACACAGAAAUCAGAUCUUGUUAUACAUCAGAGAAGUCACACAGGUGAGAAGCCAUUUUCCUGUUCUGAGUGUGGGAAAUGUUUUUUAAGAAAAUCAAAUCUUAUUACACAUCUGAGAAGUCACACAGGUGAGAAGCCAUUUUCCUGUUCUGAGUGUGGAAAAUGUUUUUUAAGAAAAUUGAAUCUUAUUACACAUCAGAGAAGUCACACAGGUGAGAAGCCAUUUUCCUGUUCUGAAUGUGGGAAAUGUUUUUUAAGCAAAUCAAAUCUUAUUACACAUCAGAGAAGUCACACAGGUGAGAAUCCAUUUCCAUGUUCUGAGUGUGGGAAAUCUUUUUUAUGUAAAGCACAUCUAGUUUCACAUCAGAGAAGUCACACAGGUGAGAAGCCAUUUUCCUGUUCUGAGUGUGGGAAAUGUUUUAUAAGUAAAUCAAAUCUUAUUACACAUCAGAGAAGUCACACAGGUGAGAAGCCAUUUCCAUGUUCUGAGUGUGGGAAAUGUUUUUUAAGAAAAGCACAUCUAGUUUCACAUCAGAGAACACACACAGGUGAGAAGCCAUUUUCCUGUUCUGAGUGUGGGAAAUGUUUUAUAAGUAAAUCAAAUCUUAUUACACAUCAGAGAAGUCACACAGGUGAGAAACCAUUUACAUGUCCUGAGUGUGGGAAAGGUUUUUUAAUUAAAGCACAUCUUGUUAGACAUCAGAGAACUCACACAGUUGGGAAGCCGUCCCAUUCCCUGAGUGUGGGAAAUAAAUCAGCUCUUGUUGAACACAGACAUUAUCCAAGUGAGGAACCAUUUUAAUCUUCUGGAGUAUAAUCAUCAUUGCCAUGCAUUGUUCCUCAAGGUUCUGUCCUAUCUCCGAUACUUCUUGCAAUCUACCACUGGGUGAAAUAAUCAGACGUCAUGACCUGGCCUACCACUGCUAUGCAGAUUACUUAUCUUCUGCUCCAUGUACUGAGAACCCAACACCAAUCCUAAAUGGGAUGGUAAUGAUAUCCCGGUGGACAGAAUGCUGGCUAUCAAUAUACCACCAGCGGCAUCCCGGCCACCAGAAUACCGGCAGUGGGGUGAGUGCAUAGAGUUCCCUUGCGGGCUCCCUGCGCUCGCUAUGCUGCAGGCGCGGUGGUUCGUUGCGCUGACCACAGGUAUUAUUCCCACUCUAUGGGUGUCAUAGACACCCACAAGUGAGAAUAGCUGUGGCGAGUGCUGUCGGCAUUCCCGGCUGUUGGGAUUUCCUGAACGCCGGUAUAUUAACUACAUCCCAUCCUAAAUGGUUGUCUAGCAGAGCUCCAGGGGUGGAUGAUGCCAGUUGGCUGUGACUCAGUCUUAGUGAUACGUAAUAGAAGCUCACCAGCAAAGGACAAGACUACAGCUUUACCAAGCAUCAUGACUUAUGCUUUGGGGUUCAGAGUUACAAAAUGCUGACUGCGGAAUCUUUGUGUUGUCCCGGAUUGUGGCCGACACAGACAUCAGGUAUCCGCCACAUUCAAAUCCUUGUUCUUCCAUCUGUGGACCAUGACCAGACUCCAGCACUAGAUUCCCUCAGAAGAUCUACCUACAGUCAUACAUGUAUUUGUAUACUCUCACAUAGACUACUGCAAUGUCCUCUACCUGGGUCACCCAGCAAAAGAAUUGCACCACUUGCAGAUGGUACAGAAUGCAGCAGCCAGUCUGUUACCUAACCAGCCCGUUCCUGCCACAUAACACCCAUUCUCUACUCCCUCCACCGGCUGCCUGUAAGAUGGGAAAUCUAUUUCAUAAUCGGCUUACUGACCUUCCAAGCCCAACAUUACAUGGUCCAAGGUAUCAGAAGCAGCAUCUGCCUCCUUACUGCCUCACUUGUUUAUUUCUGCAGGUAAAGGACUGUUACCAGUAGUACCAGGAAACUCCCAUAAUGCAUUUGGGGGUCAAACUUUUAUCUUUGUAGCCCUGGCCAUGGAACUUGCUGCCUCGCACAGUCCAAGAGGCCUCCACCCUAGAGCCCUUCACAAGCAGGCUGAUGACUGACCUGUUACUCAUUUCAUUAAUGCUCCUCUAGUUCUUACAUAUAUCCCACAUGCUUAGUUCUUUGUUCUGUUGUUUAUUUUGUAUCUUGUGCUUUGUGUAAAUGUUUAAUUCCAGUUUGCAGUAUCUAUAUUGCUGCACGACAAUAUGGCGGCCAUAGGAACGUGUUUCCACUUCUAGUUUCCCAUUCUUAUGUCAUCUGAUCAUCUUAAUCAGGAGUGUUGUGGGAUACAAGAUCCUAUCUAUAUAUACAUUACCAUGUGCAUUAGAGUCACCCGGGUUCCAUCUGCGGUGGUUUGUUGUAUGUUACAUCUAUAUGGUGCGGAUACUCCUCUGUAUGAUUCCAUAAUAAAAGCUUUUGUUUGCAGCUAA